AUGAAGCUAUAAAAACAAUCAGAGUAGAAAUAAGGCUUGGGCGGAUAGAUAAGGCAUGCAAGAAAGUGCAGGGCGCGGAAUGCAAUACGCGGGGAAAGCGGCAGGGCGGACUGGUGCGUACGGCAGUGCGCGCCGCCAUGAGGGCUGGGUCGCGCGUGUGCCUCCUAGCAGCAGGAAUACUUACCCUUCUAUAUUCAGGAUGGUGUUCAGAGGACGAAGAGCGGCUUGUCCGAGAUCUGUUCCGCGGUUACAACAAACUUAUUCGGCCUGUACAAAACAUGACACAGAAAGUCGAUGUUCGUUUUGGACUUGCUUUCGUCCAACUUAUCAAUGUUAACGAGAAGAACCAAAUCAUGAAAUCUAAUGUAUGGCUACGUUUAGUAUGGAUGGAUUAUCAGUUAAUGUGGGAUGAAGCAGACUAUGGCGGCAUUGGCGUUCUUCGGUUACCCCCCGACAAAGUGUGGAAACCAGAUAUUGUACUCUUCAACAAUGCUGAUGGAAAUUACGAGGUGCGAUAUAAAUCUAACGUUCUGAUAUAUCCAAAUGGUGAAGUACUUUGGGUUCCUCCAGCUAUAUAUCAGAGUUCCUGCACUAUUGAUGUUACUUAUUUUCCCUUCGAUCAACAAACAUGUAUUAUGAAAUUUGGAUCUUGGACAUUCAACGGAGAUCAAGUAUCGCUAGCUUUAUAUAAUAACAAAAAUUUCGUUGACCUCUCUGAUUACUGGAAGUCUGGAACAUGGGAUAUUAUCGAAGUACCAGCGUAUUUGAAUAUUUAUGAGGGAGACCACCCCACGGAGACCGAUAUCACAUUUUACAUAAUAAUAAGACGGAAAACCUUGUUCUAUACAGUUAACUUGAUCCUUCCUACAGUGUUGAUCUCGUUUCUAUGCGUACUGGUAUUUUAUUUACCCGCCGAAGCUGGUGAAAAGGUUACAUUAGGUAUAAGCAUUUUGCUGUCACUGGUUGUGUUCUUGUUAUUGGUUUCAAAGAUUCUUCCGCCGACUUCUUUGGUGUUGCCGCUUAUUGCCAAAUAUCUUCUUUUUACAUUCAUUAUGAACACAGUCAGUAUUCUUGUCACUGUUAUCAUUAUUAACUGGAAUUUCCGAGGACCAAGAACGCACAGAAUGCCCUUAUGGAUCCGGAGUGUCUUCCUACACUACCUACCGGCUGCGUUACUGAUGCGGCGACCUCGUAAAACCCGUUUGCGAUGGAUGAUGGAAAUGCCCGGGAUGGGCGCUCCUCCUCAUGCUGCUGCUCCUCACGACUUGCCUAAGCAUAUAAGCGCUAUAGGAGCUAAACAAAGUAAAAUGGAAGCAAUGGAAUUAUCAGACCUACAUCAUCCAAAUUGUAAGAUAAAUCGCGCGGCAGGCGGUGGUGGUGAAGUGGGUGCUCUAAGUGGGCUUGGCGCUUUGGGUGGUCUUGGUCUCGGAGGCGAGAGACGAGAGUCGGAAAGUUCAGAUUCGCUAUUAUUAUCACCUGAAGCUGCCAAAGCUACGGAAGCAGUUGAAUUUAUUGCUGAGCAUUUGCGCAACGAAGAUUUGUACAUUCAGACUCGUGAGGACUGGAAAUAUGUAGCGAUGGUGAUUGACAGAUUACAACUGUACAUCUUUUUCAUUGUAACUACUGCCGGUACCGUCGGUAUUUUGAUGGACGCGCCGCAUAUCUUCGAAUAUGUAGACCAAGAUCGGAUAAUAGAAAUAUAUCGAGGAAAAUAGAUCUUAAUAUUAAAAUAUCUUCCAAUUUAGAAAAAUUCAUCUCACUUGUAGAUAUAGGCUUCCAGUGCAAUUUUAAUCUUCCAAACAAUGUCUUACUUAAGUUACAUGUUUGUUAUGUGUACGUACCUACAUAGCUUAUACCUGUUAAAGACUUAAUUAAUUAAAAUAUACAAUGUAGGUCAAAUUUCAAAUUGUUAUGAUAAAUGAAUAUCAUCUCAUAUUUGAUGAAGACAAUUUAAAUAAGGUUACUCAAGACAAUUUAAAAGAAAAGUAUAUUGUGUUGGUUUAUUAUACACCUAGUAUACAUCGAAUUUGUUUUGGCAAAUAUGUAUUACAAUAAUGUUUCUAAUGGCUAUUUUAAUUAGAUUAAUAUAUGCACUCAUUACUAUAAUUAACUAUAAGUCUAGUAUUAGUAAAGUAGCUUCAAUUGGAAGUAUUAAUAAAAUGGCUGUGUUCGGAUCUUAAAAAGCAACAAUAGGGACAGAUAAUUUUACAUAAGUUUGUAUUUUUAUGACCCUGUAAUUGUAAUACUACUAGAAUUAAUAAAUAAGUAGGUACCUAUUAAUCUUAAAAU